CUCCCCUCCCCGAGGCGGCGGCGGGGAGGGGGCGACGAUGCCGAACUUCUGCGCCGCCCCCAACUGCACUCGCAAGAGCACGCAGUCCGACCUGGCCUUCUUCAGGUUCCCGCGGGACCCGGCCCGGUGCCAAAAGUGGGUGGAGAACUGUCGGCGGGCAGACUUGGAGGACAAGACCCCUGACCAGCUGAAUAAGCACUACCGGCUCUGCGCCAAGCACUUUGAGGCCUCUAUGAUCUGCAGGAGUAGCCCCUACAGGACGAUUCUUCGAGAUAACGCAGUUCCAACGAUAUUCGACCUCACCAGCCACCUGAACAACCCUCACAGCAGGCACAGGAAGCGAAUAAAGGAACUGAGCGAAGAUGAAAUCCGAUCCCUGAAGGAGAGGAAAACGGACGAAGCCCACCCCGAGCAGGAGCCGGCCCACCCCGAAACGAACCACAGCGGCGCCUCGGCCGCCGGGCCGGAGGGCGGCGGGGCGGGGCGGCGGCCGCCGGCGGAGGAGCCCGCGCCCCUGACGCAGGAGGAGCAGGAGAACAAGGACUACCUGAAGUCCCUGUUCGAGAUCCUCAUCCUCAUGGGGCGGCAGAACAUCCCCCUGGACGGCCCCGAGGCGGACGAGGUCCCCGAGGGCCUCUUCGCCCCCGACAACUUCCAGGCCCUGCUGGAGUGCCGCAUCAACGCCGGGGACGAGGUCCUGCGCCGGCGCUUCGAGGCCACGGCGGUGAACGCGCUCUUCUGCUCGCGGGCCCAGCAGCGACAGAUGCUGGAGAUCUGCGAGAGCUGCGUGCGCGAGGAGACCCUGCGGGAGGUCCGCGACGCCCACUUCUUCUCCCUGGUGACGGACGAGGCGGUGGAGGUGGCGGGCGAGGAGCAGCUGCCCGUGCUCGUGCGCUUCGUCGACGAGGCCCACAACCUGCGCGAGGAGUUCCUGGGCUUCCUGCCCUACGAGGCGGACGCCGAGCUGCUGGCCGUCCAGUUCCACGCCACGGUCACGGAGAAGUGGGGGUUGAACAUGGAGUACUGCCGGGGCCAGGCCUACGCCGUGUCCGGCGGGCUCUCGGCCAAGAUGAAGCUGGUGGCCACCCGGCUCCUGGAGAAGUACCCGCAGGCGGUGUGCACCCUCUGCUCCGCCUGGGCCCUGAACGUGUGGCUGGCCAAGUCGGUGCCCGUGGCGGGCGUGGCCGUGGCCCUGGGGACCAUGGAAGAGGUGUGCGCCUUCUUCCGCCAGGCGCCCCCGCUGCUGCUGGAGCUGGACGGGGUCAUCGCGGUGCUCUUCCAGAGCAGCGAGGAGAAGGGCCGCCAGCUGCGGGAGCUGUGCCGCUCGCGGUGGACCGGCCGGCACGACGCCUUCGAGGUGGCCGUGGACCUGCUGCAGGCCUACGUGCUCUGCCUGGACGGGAUCGCCGGGGGAGGGGACGGGGGAGAGGGCGGCGAGGGCCCCGCCCGGCGGAGCGGCGCCGUGAUCGGCCGGGCCGUCCUGCUGGCCGGCGCCCUGGCGGACUUCGACUUCAUCGUCACCGUGGUGGUCCUGAAGAACGUCCUGUCCUUCACCCGGGCCUUCGGGAAGAACCUGCAGGGCCAGACGGCGGACGUCUUCUUCGCCGCCAGCAGCCUGACGGCGGUCCUGCACUCCCUGAACGAGGUCCUGGAGAACAUCGAGGUGUACCACGAGUUCUGGUUCGAGGAGGCCACGGCCCUGGCGGCCAAGCUGGCCGUCCCCCUCGGGCUGCCCGGGCGCUGCGGCAGGGCCCGGCGGGGCCGCCCCGAGGCGGAGUUGACGCCCGAGAGCUUCUACAAGGAGGCCCUGAGCCUGCCCACCGUGGAGCACGUGGUGCAGGAGCUCAAGGACGUCUUCUCCGAGCGCCACCUGCGGGCCCUCAAGUGCCUGUCCCUGGUGCCCUCGGUCAUGGGGCAGCUCAAGUUCAACACGGCGGAGGAGCAGCACGCGGACCUGUACCGCGGCGACCUGCCCAACCCCGACACGCUGGCGGCCGAGCUGCACUGCUGGAGGAUCAAGUGGAAGCACCGCGGCAAGGACAUCGAGCUCCCGGGCACCGUGCGCGACGCCCUCCACCUGCCCGACAUCAAGUUCUUCCCCAACGUCUACGCGCUGCUCAAGGUCCUGUGCAUCCUCCCGCUCAUGAGGGUGGAGCCCGAGCGGGGCGCCGGCGGGCGGAGGCGGCUCCGGGCCUACCUCCGCCACACCCUGACGGCCCAGCGCUGCGGCAGCAUGGCCCUGCUCAACAUCAACCUGGACAUUAAGCACGACCUGGACCUCAUGGUGGACACCUACAUCAAGCUCUACCCGGCCAAGGCCGAGGGCUCCGAGGGGCCCGAGGGCCUCCUGCCCCCCGCCGACCCCCAGCCUCCCGAGCGGGCGUGAGGGGGGCCGGGGGGCUCGCCUCUCUUCUCCCGGGGCCGGGCGGGGCGGGGCCCCUUAGUCCUCCGGGGCAAGGCGGCCUCCGCCCUCCGCCCGCCCCCCGAGGACUAGCACCCUUGGGUCCUCCCGGCCGUGAAGGCGGCUCUCCCGGGACUUCCGAGGACCUACGGAGGCCCGGGCCUCCGGGCCCCGACGGGGCGGGGCCGGGAGGGGCCCGCCCCCCGCGGGCUGCCCGUCGGGUCUGCGGCCGGAGGGUCGGGCGCUCACCCGGAGCCUCGCCGUCACGUUCCGCGUUGUCGGUUGUUGUGAAGAGGUGAUGUGGGGGGGGAGGGCG